AUGACACCACUUGCAUGCGCUAUUAUGAACAAAAACUUGGAUCUUGUUAAAAUUCUUAUUAAAAAUGGAGCGAAUGUAAAUCGUCAGAUUUUACCUAUAACUUUCGGUCUUUUCUGGCAUACACCAUUGACAGUUGCUAUCAGAAAUGCUUCAUUAGAAAUAGUGAAGGAACUGGUAGAAAAUGAUGCCAAUGUUAACAAACAUGUUGCAUCAUUUCCUGAUGAUAAUCCAGAGAGUAAAGGAGACGACAAAGUCAUCGAAACUCCUUUGACUCUCGCAUGCCAGUAUGACUUAUAUGAUAUUAUUGAAUAUCUCGUUGAACAUGGUGCUGAUGUUAACAAACCAGUUAUGUAUUCACUGGUCGGAGAUACAAGCUAUACUGCUCUUUCAGUUGCAGUGAAACAUGAAAACGAAAAAAUAGCGAAUUAUCUCAUCAGUCACGGCGCUAAUAUUAACGCUGUAAUUGUCGAAGAUGAGGAAAAUAAUACUCCUUUGACAAUAGCUGUUGCAGAGAACAAAUUAACAAUGAUGGCAACACUUGUUAUGUCUGGAGCAGAUGUAAAUCAAGUUGUUGAAAACUCGAUCCUUCAGUCAACAAAAACUGCUCUGACAAUUGCAACAGAGAACAAUAAUGUGAAUAUUGUAGAGUUCUUACUUAAACAUGGUGCAGAUGUUAAUAAACAGGUCAUCUAUGAUGGUAAACAAGCAACUGCAUUGACAAUUGCGAAAAUUAAUAAUUUCAAAAUGAUAGAACAGAUGCUUACUAAUCAUACUGAACCUCAAAAAUCAAGAUGUUGCACCAUAGCCUAA